GAAUUAAAUAGAUUAAAUGGGGUAAGAUGCGGGAAAUAACUCUUUUAUAUUAACAAAACCACAAAGAAGAUUGGGCUGGGUUUGGAAUGGUGUUAAAGCCGAAUCCUUUUUCCCCCUCCGUGGCCCAAAGUAAAUUGUCACAGAUAAACGAACAGAAACGUGAAACCGAUAGACAGCAGCAGAAAACACAGCCGAACAGAAAGGACCAAAAGACACCAAUACAAUUUAGCCGUUGAAUAAGCGGAAAAACAAAAGAGCAAGAGAGGAAUGUGUUCAUCCUUAAUGCUACGUCGUUUCUUCUGCUUCAAUGCAGCAUCAUCAUCAUCAGUAGCAGCCGUUUCUUCUUCUUCUUCUCCUACUUCCAAGAAAAAGUCACUUGUCUUCUUGGGUUCCCCUCAGGUCUCUGCAACAGUUCUUGAUGCUCUCUUCAAUGCCUCUGCUGCACCAAGUUCCUCUUUUGAGGUUGCAGCAAUUGUUACUCAGCCGCCUUCUAGAAGAGAUAGGGGCAGAAAGGUGAUGCCUUCACCAGUGGCACAGUAUGCUCUUGACAGAGGCUUUCCUUCUGGCCUCAUCUUCACACCGGAACAUGCUGGAGAGGAGGCCUUCUUGUCCAGUUUGACAACUUUGCAGCCUGAACUUUGCAUUACAGCGGCAUAUGGGAAUAUUUUACCCACCAAAUUUCUGAAUAUUCCAUCAUUAGGAACAGUAAAUAUACACCCAAGUCUACUGCCACUGUACCGUGGUGCCGCUCCUGUUCAAAGAGCUCUUCAGGAUGGUGUCAAAGAAGCGGGAGUCUCGUUAGCAUUUACUGUACGUGCAUUAGAUGCUGGACCUGUCAUUGCCCGUGAAAGUCUGGAAGUUGAUGACCAAAUUAAGGCACCAGAUUUGCUGGCAUUACUAUUUUCUGAAGGUUCUAAACUUCUUAUUAGCAAACUUCCUUCCAUAUUCGACGGAUCAGCUAAGGUGCAUGCAGAACCUCAAGAUGAUUCUAAAGCUACCUUGGCUCCUAAGAUAACUCCUGAAGAAUCAUGGCUAUCCUUUGAUGAUGAAGCUUUAGUCCUACAUAAUAAGGUUCGUGCAUUUGCAGGCUGGCCAGGAACCCGAGCAAAAAUUUUAGUUGUUAAUGACAAAAGUAGCAGCCAUAAUAUCCUGGAACUUAAAAUCAUCACCACAAGAGUAGGGCCUGAUGAUAAUAUUCAGGGUAAUGAUGUAAAUGACAUUGCUUUUGUCAAGGGUGCACUGGUAUUUCCAUGUGGAGGAUGCACAACUCUUGAGGUAUUGGAGGUUCAACUUCCUGGUAAGAAGGUAAUAACUGCAGCCGCCUUUUGGAAUGGUUUACGUGGUCAAAAGCUAAAGACAUUAUAACAGAGGAGGCAUUUUACAUAAGAGCGGCAGUUUGCGCAACCUAUCACCAUGGUCAGCACAAAGAGCAAAAAGUGGUAAAUAGUCUCCUUGUUUUCUAAAUUUUUUUGUUGUCAUUUGAUUCAUACAUAAAAAUGGUUCUUUUAAGCAAAUUCAGAAUCUAGUUUUUCAAUGAAGUGAUUAUUUUUUCGGUUAUAAGCUGUGACUAUUAAUUGAGGAACUAAGUGCCUGAGCUUGGAGCAUUUAUUCAUCACCUUGAUGAAGAGCAUGUUAGGUGAUAACUACAUGGGAUUAAUUGCUUGGGAUUUUAUUUUGGGUGUUCAUCUGUGAGAAUGAAGUAAAUUAACUGUCAAUAUUCUAGCAUAUAUCAUUGUACAUCAUAAAGGAUUUGAUCUGUUUAGGGCAUGAUACUAUUUGACAAAGAAUAAGGUGUCCUUAACAAUGUAGCUGUUGGUCAAUUGUUCAUUCUGGGGGCAGCUAAUUGCAUUGCCCAAGAGGACAGAUUAUCAUCUUCAGUUUGCGAGACUUGAACCAAAGGAAUGUUGCUAUUACUUUACAUUUAAGCUAUCGGAGAAUGUUGUAUCUGACAGCUCUAAUGUUCAGUAUGCAGGUCUUUGUCAUACGGACAAACUACGCAGGACAUUAUCAAAUUUGAUAUGUAGUAAAGAAAACAAUCAUUGGGUAAGACUUAUCAAAACGUGAAAGUUUACAACUUGGCCAAAUUUAAAGCAUUUGGCACCUGCCACCAAUCUAUGGCAAGUGCAUAAAGUUCAUAGCUUUAUCAAGCUUACAAUGAAGACAUGAAAGCAAGGAAUAUGCAAUACAUACAGUGAUGACCACAUGGUAACCUUGUAAGGGCACAUAAAAAUGCUCAUUUCUCAACGCAAAUGGAAAAGAAGAGAAGCAAAUUGUGAUGGACGGCCCAAAAGGCGCGUUGCAGUCCAUGGUGAAGAAAGAGAGUUUGAAAUUCGGACGGUAGUCCAUGAUUCUCUAUUGCUCGAGUUAGGCUGGGCAUCUGAGAAAGAGCUCCUUCUUUUUCACUUUUGGGAGUACAAGCAAAAUGGUUUACGCGAUUAUUGUCACUAAAUUGCUUAUUCUUUUAGAAUGUUGACUACCAGAAAUGUGUUUGGAAUUUUGCAUACAGCUAUGUUACCGAACCACGAUUCUAAU